AUGUCCAAUUUGGAGAAAUUGAUUGUCAACUUGCGCGAUCUGCUGCCAAAUGCCCACAUUGAUGACGGUGACCCAUCAAGAUGCUUUCGCGCUUGCGUUGAACGCUAUUUAAAAGGCCUUGAUGAUAACGCUGAUUUGAUAAAUGCUCUCGACGAAACGGAAAUUCCCGAAGCUUAUGUUCUCUGCUGCUUGCAUCUCCUUAAGUCAAUGACUCAAAUUAAUUUACCGGCAGACGGCGACAAACCAUUAUUCAGUGUUCACCAAACUCAGCAAUUGUCGAACUGCUUGCAGUUUGUUGUCUGCCUCGGAAUUUAUCCACUUCUUUCUCCAGGUGUUUCGGUGCCUCUUCAUUUGCGACUGGAAAAUGCUGAUAAAUUCCAGUGCCCUAGGCUGCGUGAUAUGUCUAAUAGGCACAAAAAAUUGUUUGAGAUUGCAGAGUGUUUUGACGCGUUAAACCGUUCGUCAAUCGACGCUCUUCAUGACCUCGUUUCGCCGAAUGCGUAUCUCGGGGACUACCUUGCUGUUUUGUUUCAACUUAGCUAUGGUCCAGCGGUCGCCGAUGUCUCCAUCGAUGUGGCCGAUAUUGUCCGUGUCUCUCGCAUGCGUCUUCGUGCCCUUCUUGCUCGUCUUCCUCGACCACUUGCUUUUAAAGAACUCUUUCUCUUCCAGUCCGGUUUCCAAAAGCAACAGACGUCUGGGCGAACGAAGGCGCCGCAGUGGUUGCGUAAUGCUUGCGGACGGCUAAUCACACAACUGUUCGUCGCUAAGCCACGUGAUCCAGAUUCCGCUCGCUGUCGUUCCUCUGCCUUGAAGGACUUAAUUGUCGGUGUACUUGAUGUUCACUCUAGCGAUCCAAGGCAUACUUCUGCGGUCGCGUCCGCUCUUGCUCACAUUUUGGCCGCACCGCCCCAGUCAAUCGGCAGUACCAAUUCAGUAGACCAGUAUUAUCACAGCUUGGCUUUUCAAAUAUCAGACGUAAUUCAGACCUGGAAGUCUACCGAAAAUCGCGACAUAAUUCUUCAAGUCAGUCAUCUUGUAGCUAUCGACACCAUCCAUCAAGUCUGCGAGCGAAACCUACAGUUGGGAAGACAACUGUUUUUAGACAAGCCACUCCUGUCUAAAAUUGACAAACUGCUCGUCUACAGUCAGCCAUUGGAAAGGACAAUUCCUGAUCUACACUUGAAAGCAAUUGAUGUCUCAGAUGUGGCCGAACUAUUGGGCGCUGUCGAUUUACACGAAUCCAUUGUGUUUGUUUGCGAGCUUUUGGAUACAAGGCACCCGUCGCAAGCGUUGAUUUCCUUGUUGACUCGCUAUUCUAACCCUUGGUUCCACUUCUACGCGCUUCUCAACCUGGCCUGUCAUGACGAGGACGACUGCCAGAUUGUGGCGCAUGCCCCGGAUUCACCAGUCGCGAAAUUGAGGCUGCGGCUCCAAUCAAUUCUCGUGAACUUGCUCGAAAGCUGCAACUCUUCCUUUUCCCUUUUCCGUGAUUGGCUACUGUUGCCCCCUCUCGACCUAACUUCACUUAAAGCCCUCGACUCGGAUUCCUCCCUCACUCGACCGCUUAGACUGCGUCCUGGAGUCGUGCUCCGACCGCCAUCCCUCAUCCUCUCAACUGAGACCCCGAUCGACUGCCCCUACCGCGUGUGUCAGGCUGCGGAGUCGACUGAUCACUCUUUGAGCAUGGUGUCUGCGCGUGUUGAAGCUGCCAUGCAGUUGCUCAAGUCGUUGUCACCGCCCCUCGAAGAAGGCGAGGCGUCCGAACGCAUCCUCUCGAACUGGUCAACAAGUCAGAAUGACCAGGAGCAACAACCGAAGCUCCCUUCACUCCUUCUACUAAGUCUCAUUUCGGAUAUUAACUCCCAUUUGGUCGAAGCAUUUGCUCAUCACCCCCGAGAUGAGCCAGUUUGUGUCUCUCUUCGAUCGGAGGGGGCGCUGGAUGAGGAAGCCCUGAGUGCUCUGCUGACCGCAUCCCUCUUGGCCAGUGCCAUGCUCGAACAGCUGGACGCAAGCAAUCUUUGGCCAAGCGAUCCCUCGCUCGCCGUCCAUCUGCUCUCGACGAGCUGGACGGCCAUUUCUCACGUCCGUACUCACGUUGUCCCGCUUGUGUAUGGUUCUGGAGUCCUCUGCGGCGGACACGGCAAUGCUGAAGAUGCAAGAGGAAUCGCUUCACUUGGUUCUCGCCAUUGCGGCCUUCUUUGUGAACCACAUGGAGGUAAAUGGACCAGUUGUGUACUUCUGUUGCAUGUGUCGUCUGACAGUUUGGUAAUGCCGAUGUUAGAAGUGCCAAUUCACACUCACACUGAUUUGUCCUUUCAUCAGUCACUUUCUUUUACCUUGCAGAAGGGUGAUAAGGUGACAAGUGAAGUCAGAGACCGGUUUGCUGAACUGGUUCCACUUUUGCACAAAAUUGAGAAGAGCUUUCCGCAGUCCAGCCCAUCCGUGGAGCUUGCCCGUCAGCUUCGAAUUGCACUGUGCACCAGAGGUGCCUUUUCUGUCGGUUCGAGCUCACCUCCCUCACCCUCUCCACCAAACUAUCCGCCUUUGGUGGAGACCACCCAAAAGAAACCGUUGAUCGAGGUAUUGUCCUCCUCCGGCUCCUCGCCUCCCAAACCUCAAGGCGACACAGAAGAGACGCCUGAGGAAACCACAGAACUCAGUCCACAGUUGGCUGAAAUCUUCACGCAGUUGCAGGACCCCUUCAUACCCGUGCGUGGGCAUGGCUUGAUUGAAUUGAGUCGUCUUCUGGAGGCCAAAGAUCCCUCUAUAAAGGGCUUCGAGGACAGGAUCUAUGCGGCGUUGACUGAACAGUUAGACAACGAAGACAGCUACGUUUACUUAAGUGCCAUUCGAGGUCUCUCAGCAAUGGGGAAUGCAUUUACAGAUCGGCUCCUUCCACUCCUACUUGCCCGAUUUCUGACAGACUCCUUGAAUGUCGAAUUCCGUCUCAAGUUGGGGGAAGCAAUCGUGCGCGUUCUUCGGGAACUGGGUGAUGUUUCGCCCAAGUACUGCAAUUUGGUUGUGUCAGGCUUACUGAAAGCCUCGAACGACCCGUCCGAGCUGAUCCGGGCAGCGAGUUUGUCAAACCUCUCCGAGAUCUGUCGUUUUCUUGGUGACGCCAUACAACCAGUGGUAUACGAGGUAUUUGGUGCGAUCGAGAACAGCUUGAAGCAUGACACGGCGCCAUUGGUGCGCAAAUCUGCUGCCUACCUUGCCCGCAGUCUCUUCGUUGAGGCACCACGUUCAAAUCAGUUGGGUCUGCCCAGGCAUAUUCCCGAGGAUUUGAUACGCGAUAUUCAUCGUUUAUUGAGAGACAGAUUGAGAAUUGAGCGCGACUUAGAGGUCUUGGAGCAGUUAGAGGCUGCCAUGGCUGAACUGGACGCUCGCACGAGGGCCUCGGUGUUCCGCCGACCCGACAAUGUCAGUGACCUUGUAAAAGAGAUUCGGAUUUUGCGUCCCUUUAAUGACUGA